GUUAGACCUAUACAGUAAACAAUAUAACUUCAAUUGGAUCAUUUCCGCGGGUAUUGACGCCUACUCCAUCUCAGCUUGCUAGCGUAAAUAUAAGUCAUAAUAGUAUCACCUAUAUUACAGAAAACCAAUUUUUUCUAUCGACACAGUUGCGAAUUCUUGAUAUUUCGGCUAACAGAAUACACACAAUAAAAGAACAAACGUUUAUGGAUCAUCCAGGAAAUAUUAUCUAUCAUGUUGGUACAGAAAAUCCGUUUAUAUGUGACUGUUUCAUGAGAUGGGCAAGAAACGCACUUAAUUAUUCUCUAUGCACAGUUCCAGUUCUGAGUGAUGGGACGGCAAAGAGGAUGAAAGAUGUGCCAGCUCGUCUAUAUCUUUGUCAAAUAAAAAUGAAGUGCCCGGAAAAUUGUGAGUGCUUUGCCGAUACAGUAAAAGAGCCGUACGUUUGGAUACAUAUAAAAUGUUCCAACAAAGGACUAGAUUACAUACCCUUUGAAAUUCCGAAUACAACUAACGUACUAGAUGUAUCUCAUAAUAACAUCAAUCAAUUGGAUUCGGCAACAUUUCAUAAUACUAGUUGUCCUAUAUUGCAGAUUAUGGACUUGUCUAGCUGUCAAAUUACAGCACUCAUUGGGAAUGACGUUUUCAAUGGUUUUGUUCAGUUAAAAACAUUGAACUUAAACAAUAAUCGCAUAGUACAACUAAACGGUGAACCGUUUAAAAACUUGAUGAUGUUGAAUGAACUAAAAAUUGCUAACAACUCCAUCAAAGCAAUCCAAGAUAAUGUAUUGUAACAGUUUGGCCUAUUUUUGUGGAUAUACGUGGUAGCGUGACUAAUAAUAGGCCCACUGUUUAGUAAACGGUGUUUACUUGGUGAGUUACACGGCACACGUUAAAUGUGCGAUUGUCCCUAAAGAAUU